GACAUCAGAGAUAUAUUUAUAAAUAUAAUAACAGUGGUUUCAUUUCCUUCUACUGCUUGUGCAGUCUACAGUAUUAAAUUGUUUUUGUUGCAGUUUGUCACUGAGGUUAUCCAUUGAUGAGUCCCCUUCAUUUUAAUUGUUUCCAUCCUCAGCCCCACUACUCACUCAACCAAUCCUUCUAGCACUUCCACACCUUAUCUUGCUCAGACCUUCCCAUAGGGAAAAGUCUUUUCAGCUUAACUUAUUUUUCUGAAAACUUUUUUUUUUGUACUUUCCUAUUUGCUUAACUCUAAAAAUUCCCCAGCAGAGCACUUCUAACACCUAAUUAUUUACCAGUGCCACCAUGCCAGCAUGAUUACUAUCUCCCACUGCAUCUUCAGUAUCCUUGUGUUCCUUUUCUGCUGAUGGAUUCUGAAACAGUGACUUCCUCAAAUUUCCCAGAGACCAUUUCUGAAAUCUUGACGUCUUCUAUACAGUACUGUAAGAAACAACACCAUGACUCACUGUCUCAUUACAUUGCAAAAAUUUAAUGUCUGUCUUUAACAAUAUGUAGAGUGCCACUUAAGGUAUUAAAAAUGUAAGAGCUCGUAUGAUUGAACAUCUUACAAAACAAUAGUUGUUUUGAUUGCAUUUAGAAAUGUCAUAAAAGUACAUUGUCUUAGAACACACGUGUGUUUUAUUUAUGUUCACAAUGAUAGAAACAGUUAUGACAGUGCAGAAAGAGAACACAAAUAAUUUGAUGGAUUGCUUUACAAGUGUUUCAAGGUAUAUCUAAUGGAAGUCUGUGCUAUUUAAUGAGCUGCUUUCUUUUUCUCUUUUUUCCUUUUAUCUUUACAGCUGCCUCCAAAAGAUAUACAGAAAGCAAUAUGCAAGAGUGCUAAGAUUUGAUGACAAUUGAUCAAGAAAAAGAAUGGAAGUAAAUCUAUUCAGCAAUUCCACUGUUAUAAAUAGUUCGUCAAUCAACCAUAAACAGUUAGAAGGGCAUAGCCUCUGGGAAGUUAUUACUAUUGCCACUGUAACUGCAAUUGUAAGCUUAAUAACCAUAGUGGGAAAUGUUCUUGUAAUGAUAUCCUUCAAGGUUAACAGUCAGCUCAAAACUGUUAACAACUACUACCUGCUUAGUCUUGCCUGUGCAGACCUCAUCAUUGGAAUAUUUUCUAUGAACCUCUAUACCUCUUAUAUACUCAUAGGCCAUUGGUCUCUUGGAAGCCUGGCGUGUGACCUGUGGCUAGCGCUGGAUUAUGUAGCUAGCAAUGCUUCAGUUAUGAACCUCCUAGUCAUCAGCUUUGACAGAUAUUUUUCCAUCACAAGGCCUCUGACAUACAGAGCUAAGCGCACGCCCAAAAGAGCUGGCAUCAUGAUUGGCCUGGCUUGGCUAAUCUCCUUCAUUCUAUGGGCACCUGUAAUAUUAUGCUGGCAGUAUUUUGUGGGUGAAAGAACAGUGCCCCCUGAGGAAUGCCAGAUACAGUUUUUAUACGAGCCCAUUAUCACUUUUGGUACUGCAAUUGCUGCUUUUUACAUUCCAGUGUCAGUGAUGACCAUUUUAUAUUGCCGCAUCUACAAAGAGACUGAGAAACGUACCAAGGACCUUGCUGAACUUCAGGGUUCUGAGUCUGUGGCCGAAUUUGAGACGAUAAAGCCUCGAAAAGCUUUCCUGAAGUCUUGCUUCAGUUGCAAGCAACAAAACUUAGUCAAAAGGGAGAGAUGUCAGGCUUCCUGGUCUUCAUCCAGUCGAAGUACAUCAGCUACAGUGAAGGCAUCCCAGGCAGUGAGCACGUGCACUGAGUGGGCUAAGGCUGACCAACUGACCACCUGCAGCAGCUAUGCAUCAUCAGAAGAAGAGGACAAACUUACCACUGAUCCUGUUUUCCAAGUAGCUUAUGGGAGUCCAUCUAAAGGUAAGGAAGAAGAGUUUAAUGAAAGGGAAAGUAAGGAUACUGUUGUCAAAAACCAACCUGAAGAAAAUGAUUUUGAGACUCAGCAAUACUUUUUGUCACCUGCCAUUGGCCAAAAAAGUAAGAAAUGUGUGGCCUACAAAUUCCGCUUAGUGGUUAAGGCUGAUGGCACUCAGGAAGCCAACAAUGGUUGCCGUAAGGUAAAAAUAACUCCUUGUUCUGCUGCUGUGUCGAAGGAUCCUUCCAUCAAAAGCAUGGAUCCAAAUAUAAAUAGCCAGAUCACCAAAAGGAAAAGGAUGGUUCUUAUAAAAGAACGUAAAGCAGCACAGACUUUGAGUGCCAUUCUUUUGGCUUUUAUCAUCACAUGGACUCCCUACAAUAUAAUGGUUUUGAUCUCCACAUUCUGCUCGGACUGCAUUCCUCUGACAUUGUGGCACCUUGGAUAUUGGCUAUGCUAUGUGAACAGCACUGUUAAUCCCAUGUGUUAUGCUCUCUGUAACAAAACUUUCAGGAAAACUUUUAAGAUGCUGCUUUUCUGCCAGUGGAAAAAGAAAAAAGUGGAAGAAAAACUGUACUGGCAGGGCAAUACUCGAAUGCCAUAACUACUCCUAUGUAAGAGAUAAAUAGAAAAAUAGAUAUUAACAUAGCCUAGUAAAGGACUUUUAAUUCCGUAUUUUCAAAGCUGUUGUUUUAUAUGUCUAUGUGUUAAAAAAAAAUAGUCAGCAAAAAGUGAUAUUUUGCAUGAAAGUAGUGUGUUUGGGAUAAAGAAGUCAGUGGUUGCUGACAGGGUGUUCAUGAUUAUGCAGUAGAUCUGCAUUAAAAUUAUUGUGUUUGUGUUCUUCUGUCCUUUCUUUCAGCCUGAGAAAUUGUAGCGUGUCUUGUAAACUUCUAGGAAUUAGCGUAUGAUUAUCAUCCAGUCAUCAGGGCAAGUUAUCCAGCCUAUCUCCUUUUAGUGCAGAACUGUUUCUUCCUAUAGCUCCUUUCCUCCUUUCUGCUGUAUUGUCUAUUUAUUUUUCAGUGGAGCAAGCAAUGGAACACAUACUACUUCUGUUUUGAGACUUUUCCACACGCUAUGGAAUGAAGCAAGGACUAUUUAAAGAGGGAAAUACCGUUAUCCUCAAUACUAAAUGGUUAGGGAGAUUCUUACUACUCCAAAAGAAUACACUUACUACAGGAGAAUGUAAUACUGAGAAAAUUUGCACGUUAAGAUGUCUUUUCUGGGGAGACAGAUGAAGGGCUCAUAGGGAAGGAAACAGAAAAUGUAUUUCAUAUAAGGAGAAUCCAAUCCCCAUCUCAGUUCCAUCCUGCAAGUCAAUGUUAUCUAAAAAUGGUGAUAGUUAGCAGAUAUCUAUGAAUUUGUAUUUCUUCAUUUCCUAAUGCCUCUGAAGGAUAUAUUUUAAAUGUAUGCAGUAGUAACAAUAGUACUGAUCAGAACUGACUAUAAGGAUGGACACAGUUCGUCUAUUUUACAGGACAUAAGUCAAAUCCUUUUUGCAGUCUCUCUAUUGCACUUCCCCUUGCAAGUGUAUGCACAAAAACGUGCAUCAAUGCCCUGCAAAUUCACCUAUCUAUCACAAAAUUAUCGGAAGCUAUGGCAAAAUUGGUAUUUCUGAAAGAAGAAAUAUUUUUUAAGUACUUCUCCAUUAUUUAUAUAGAAGUAUUGUGCUUUCACAGCUCUUGUAUCUGUAGAUAUCUUUACAAAUACUAAUCAAAUUAGAUGUUUGGAAACAGAAGUUUCCCAGUCCAGCAGAACUUUGUCUGCCACAGCACUGGGGGCUAGAGACAACCUCACCUGGAGCUGUGGCUCCUGGGACUCCAGGUAUAGCUGCAGUAAGCUAAUCACCUGUCCAGUAGCUGAGAUUUGCCAGGGCUUCGAAUGUGGUAAAGACAUUCACGUGCCUAUCUGGUAUCUGUUUGACUGGCAGAAGUCGUGCACCUUUGACCAAAUAAGUAUGUGAAGACGAGGCUGCUUUUAGCACGAAGCCACUGAAUGGAAAUGAUGCCUGGCUCAUAGUGGUAGAAAAAUAUGUUAGUGGUGAUAGGAUUCACAAGGAGUGAAAUUUUAAAGUACACAAAUACUUAAGAGUAACAGAGAAGGAAUUUCACACACCUCACUGAGUCUGCCUCACAAAGUUCAGAUUCAGUUCUAGCCUCUCUAUCAAAAUUCAGGGUGAGAUGCUCUGAAGUAUAAAUUUGGGCCAAUGUUUGUUUUUUUUUAGCUAUUAUACAUGUUAGGGGGACAUUGCAGCAGUGAUGAGACCCAGCUGCAUAUUUCAGUGAUCAUGUUAGUCAUCCUGAACAUAACAUUGCUCUCAGCAGAAUCAUUCAUAUAAUUUAUUAUUUUAUCAUCAACAUAUUUCCCUGCAGAUAUAUAAUUCCAUCAUGUCAGCAAUCACAGUAAAGUAAUUAAUAUUUUUUAUCCUCAAUCUCCAGAGGGGAAUACUGUUAGUGAAAGAUUAGCAGCGUAGUAAUGUAAAAAUAUGUUCUCUGCGUUCACUUGAUUGAUUUUUUACCACACCACACUGUGCCUAAUACUUUGUGUGCAUUAGCAUAUGACUACUUAUUAAAAGAAUGCAUUGGUCUUUUCAAAGACCCUUUCAUCAGUUUUCCUCUAUCACUACCCAGAGCUUUUUCUGUGUGCAGUAACUACGUACAUGGCAGUUAUUAUAGUAGGUAACUUUGUAUUACAUUGGUUCGGACAUUCAGUAAACUGUGUUUGAUUUUUAGCAAACGAAUGCCCACUGUGGCACAAGCUGUAGUUAAAGGCAAAAUUCAUGAGAUAGUAACUAUUCCUGCUACCUGUGAUGUUGUUUCUAAAGUAAAGCAUUGGCUUCUACUUCUGAAAUUAAAUUGAAUAUAUUUUGUUGGUUUUGGCUUCUGUUGAACUAGAGUGCUCUGUAAAUGUUUAUGGAUUCUGUGCUUAGUAAAUGUAUUAGAAUAGAUGGUGCUGGAUGCAACAGUGUUGGUUCAGUAUAAUUGUGAAAUGUGUGCUCAAACUAUGCUGCUAACACUUCACAGUGUGAGACAUUACACUGCCAAAUCUGGGAACAUUGUAAAGACCUGGAAUUAUAUUAAGAUGUGUUUGUCACUUUAUUGUUACAUGAGCU